AUGGUUGAACGUUAUAAUCCAGAGGGCAACAAUGUGAUAGUGCGAGAGUACAGUGACGAUAGUACGAUAAUGACAACGCGACAAUGCAAUGGUGACAAUGCGAUGACGACAAAACCUGCUUGUGAAACUGUUACUUCUGGUUCAGCUGAUGAGGGUCCUGUGACAACUCACGUUCCAGAUGCUACAUACGAUAUUGACCCAAGCAUAACUGAAAUCGUAUCACUCUCAGAGAAAAAUGUCUGUGUCCGACACACACAAACAAGUGUAACAGAAAUGGUGAACAACACAACACAGACAGAGCCAGAUUGUAGACAAGAAUUAUUUGAGAUGUUAUUAAAGAAAAUUGAAGACUUGGAAAAGAAGAUCGAUAUUGCUGGUAUGGAACAACGCCUGAACGCUAGGAUAGACUCACUGGAAGAUAAACUCAAUCCUAAUGAACCAGUAAGUGAUGUUUUUACAUUCUGUGAUGAAGCACCAGUCACACCUAGACGAAAUACUCAUGUAUCAAGGCCUUCUACACCACUAUCAACAAAAAGCAAAUGCGAGAUUACAGACAUUGGAUUUUGGAAGCUAACACCUGCUGAGGUAAUAGGAAGAGAUUCAGAAAGUGUAAAAGAGUGUGCCAGUAAAAGGUCUGUGCUAUACAACCCAACGUUUGAUGGAAGUUUAAUUGAGAGUGUUAAAUGUGAAAGCCUGAAUCAAAGAACUUUAUUUGCUAAAAAUCUGAUGCACUCUGCUCUUAUGAUUGAUGAACUGUUUAAUAAGAACAUUAAUGGGAAAGUGACCAAUGAUACAAAUAAGGCAAAGAUCAACCCAGCUAAAAUUACCAAAAUCAGAACUGAAGUCUUUAAGUACUUCCCAUGCCUUGCAUCUGAAGAAAAAAAGUGUUGGUCUGAAUGUGUGAAAACAAUGGACAAGGCAAACUUGUAUUUUUUUCUGUAAUUGAUAAGAAAUAUGACAUUUCUCAGAUCAAAAGCUAUGUGAUGCUGUAGACAUACUGUAUGGCUCAGAUGAAAUGUAGAUUAAGAAGUGAUAAGUGUGGAUAAAUAGCCUGUGUGGCAAAAUAUUAAAACUGUUGACUUUUAACAAAGAAUUUAUAACUGUCAAUUUCCAUUUUUUGAGACAACAGUGACAUGUUUUUGUUGUGUUUUU